AUGAAUAGUCUACUUCUAGGUUAUAGAGUUUUUGGAAGUAUUAUACCAUCGUUAAUAACAAUCGGAAGUAAUAUAAUAUCUGUAUGUCGUGUACGUGAAUUAAACCGGUUAACAUCAAUUUACAUAUUGCCGUGUCGUCGUCGUACAGAUGAUACACGUCGCAUAUUAAUUGUUAUCACAGUUGAAUGUUUGCUUGCCAUACUCAAUUCAUGGUUUAGUAAUAUGGUACUUUCAUUAGUUUAUUGUCAAAGAAAUCUAUUAGCAGGUGACGAUUGUCCUGCGUACUUACAACAAAAUUAUGAUUUAUUGGUCAUGUUUGAUAUGUUUAAUUCCGUUUCAAAUAUAAUUUUACAUUGUUUAUGUGGUAAACGUUUUCGUAAUGAACUUCGACGCAUGUUGAAAUUAUUUUUAAAUUUGAUCAAACAAUGUUUUCAUCGUGUAUGGUGUUGUUAUUUUCAAAUCGAUUGUCGAAAACUACGUAACGAACAAAACAUUGCCUUCAAUGCAUCUAUCGCACAACAUGAUAGUUCAAAUAGUUCAGGAACUGCAACUCAUAAUCAUGUUUAUUUACAAAUUCAAACAUCUCGAACACCAAGUAGAAGAAAUUGUUGUGAUUUUCGAUGGUAUUUUAAUCGAAGACCAUUAGUUCCAUCUCAAAAAUGUGUAACGACAAUAUCAAAAGAUUGUUUACCAAAAGAUGACACCCCUUAUGUUGUUCAAUAUCAAUCAUUAACACAGCGGACUAAUAUAGCAAAGCAAAGUCAAGUUCGUUCUAUGAGACUCUAUUAUCCACCGCAACAAACAAUAACAUCGUUAUCAAAUAAAAAUCACUGUUUAAAUGCGCCUUAA